UGGCACACCGCAGCAGAAUACAAAAGCGAGCAAUGGCGACAGCCUCUUUAGCUCUCCACCUUUCAACUCUCCCCCUUCUACCAUCUCAAUGUCUUCCAAGCUCUUGAGCAAGGCUGGUCUUAAGCUUUUCGAGCAGCAUCUUAGACAGUAUGAGCCUGUCGAUCCCGUUUAUGAAACGUACGUCGAUGAUAAAGGCAAGACAAAGCGGAGAAGGCGCGAGCUCCCUCCUGGCCUAUCAGCACGCGACGCAAAAAUUCUGCGCAAAGUGAAAAGUCGAGCUCAUCAUCUGGACAAGGGAUUCCGGAUUUGUGGAAUGCGUUUUGGAUGGACGUUCGUCAUUGGGCUUAUCCCUGUUGUUGGAGAUGGUGCCGACGCGUUUCUUAAUUAUAUGUUGGUUGUGCGGAAGGCGAGACAAGCCGAGAUACCGUCAUGGCUCGUCCAUCGUAUGCUAUUCAACAACGCUCUGUCCGCUGGUAUUGGGUUUAUUCCCGUUGUCGGCGACGUUGGUUUAGCAGUGCUCAAGGCGAAUUCCCGGAACGCGUUAUUGCUUGAAGAGUAUCUGCGAAUUCGUGGAGAAGAAUUUUUGAAGUUACAACAGCAGAAUGACGAUGACGGAGAUAAGCCGAGAGAGGACCCGGAGAACGUCAAGCCUGGUGCGGGAAGGGCAAAGGGUGAGAAAGUGACGAAGUGAAUGUGCUAUUUUGCUUCACUUUUAUAUUUUUUCUCUCUUUACCGCCUUUUUUCUCUUCCGUUCAUUACCAGCUUAAUAGACACGGAAUGUCUAUUUCAUACCCCGUACUCGAAUAUACGUCGUAAAUGACUAUUUCAUUCCUACUCUUAACUUGUUUAGUCUAGUAUACAUGAGGUACCUG